AUGUCUUCCCCUUCGACAAUGGCGAACAUUCCUGAGGCUAUUCAGCGUAGGCUAGACAAGAUUGAGCCGAAGUGCAUCGCAUACCGCAAAACCUUUGCGGAGCAUGUCGAACGGUAUGGAGAUUGGAACAGCUAUGUGGAGGCUCUAGAUGGUCACGAUAAGAAAUUGGCAAGCGCAAUCAAGAAGGUAGCCGGGUCUCUCUCGGAAGACUACCGCGGGACUCCCACUGGGCUAGACUCAUUCAUCCGUGACAUGGAGCUCAAUACCUUGUAUCACGUUGGUAGGGACUUGGAUCGCCGAGCCGGAAAGGACAGCGACAAAGCCUUCCAGAUGAGUAGAGCAAUAGCUGAAUACCAUCUCAACGAGUCGUUAGAAGCGGAGAAGCAAGCUACCUCGACGCACCUAAAUAGGGAAGCGCUGAACGAGCCGGGUGCACUACUGCCUGAUAAAGGCGACGCUAUAUCCGUCGACUCCCAGCGGGCCGGUUUCGAAGGUGCCGCUUCUCAGACCUAUCACUCCAUCUGCCCCAUCUCGCCUCCAAAAUCUCGCAUCAUGUCCAAUUCAGCCUACCAUUUGACCGCGGCCAAGCCAGACUUGCAUGACAAGGUCGUCGCCCUUGGAGAACAGAACCUUUCCAACUUUAUCUUCGGCUACCUCCCGGACACCCGCGAUGCUAACGGCAUGCGGGUCAAAUACAAAGUCUGGAUCGCACUAAAGGCGUUCAGCAGGACCAUUCUCGACAUUACCAGUCUCGGACUGCCGGGGUGCAUGUUCAUUCGAGGGGAAUGGGAUGGCGCACUUGUGGCGUGGCACGUUUGGGUCAGACAGCGAUAUGAAACGGCCGAGGCUGAACUGCUUGGGCAGAGGAUGGAAGCGGUCACGAAGACCCUCUUCGAAGUCAUCGAUCUGAAUGGUAACCAAGAACAGGUCACAGUAUCGGAGGCGAGAUUCGAGAAUGAGCGACGAUGCUACACGGACGAACACUGGUCGCGGCCAUGA